AUGUCGAGACAUGCUUUCGCCCCAGAACCUCUUGACCAAACUGCAUCUCAAUCUCAACGUCAGGCGUUAUUGCCACUACCAUCGCAGUUAUCGGGAACGGAUGGCCACCCAAUGACCUCGACUCAGCAACAACAGCCAUUUGCAAAUUGGAGCACGCAGAAGCUAAAUCCCAUUAUCACUCAAUUCAGCGACCCAGAGCUUGAUCGGGAGAGAUCAGGCGCUUCAAUAUUAGAAGAGGGAUCAAUUGUUGGCGAGUCUGGUCGAACUUACCACGGAUACAAAGAAGGUCUUACUAGCUACCUCUUACCAAAUGACGGUGCCGAGCAAGAUCGGUUGGACUUCCAGCACGCGAUGAUGGCACAUUUAUGGGACGGUCGACUCUCGCUUGCGCCGCUGCCCAAAGCGCCGAAACUCGUCCUUGAUGUUGCAACUGGAACUGGUAUUUGGGCUUUGGAGUUCGCUCGGGCCAAUCCCACAUCAUUUGUCGUAGGGACCGACUUGAGUCAAAUACAACCAGUCCCGGAUGUGCCCAACUGCCUAUUUGAGAAGUUCGAUUGUGAAGAGGAUUGGAUGUACAGCUACAAGUUCGAUUAUAUUCACAUCAGGAUGAUUGUGACUGCGAUUCGCGAUCCGAAACGUCUCCUGCAGCAAGCGUUUCAAUACCUGAACCCAGGUGGGUGGAUUGAGCUCCAGGACGCUGAUAUGGAUCUGCUCAGCGAAGAUGGACCGGAACGAGACGACAGAGUCGAAGGAUCAUACCUGAAACGAUGGUUUAAUCAGAAUGCUAUUGGAGCAGCAGCCCACGGAAUUGACCUACACAAAGCCAAAAACUACGGAGACUGGCUAAUCGGUAUUGGAUAUGUGGUCGAAGAGAAAUUCAAGGUAGCCUGCGCCCCAUGGCCCAAGGAUCUGAAAGCGAAAUUAGUUGGCACAUGGAUGCGGGUUAAUUACCUCUCAGGCUUACGUGGAGUCGGGUAUAAAAUGCUACGCGGUGCGGGCAUGGCGCCUGGGGAAAUUGACAGGUUCAUAAAAGCCACAAGAGAUGAGGUCACGAACGGAAAUAUUCGUGGCUACACGCCCUGGUAUAGUGUAUAUGGAAGGAAGCCGUAUCCGUGGGAAGCCAGACCAUCUGCUUCUGGAAGCUUGUGA